UCUCUACUAUGAGCCAUCUUGAUUUUGAUUGAUGAAUUCUGUUGCCUUACAAAAAGUAUUGGACAUUUGGCUAGAAGUAAAAACUUUAGGAUGAUAGAGCAGAGAAGUGGUCUUCUGUGUAACUGAUCAUUUUAACAAAAAAGAAAGUAGUAUCAUUUCAUCUUUGGUUGUAAUGUUUACAGUACGCCUAUGUGUUGUUACAGCUCUAUGUUGUGUAAAUGGUUGCAGGUUCCAAUCCAUGAGCAUGGAUCUUGUGGAAGCGUUGUCUAAUCUCCAUGCCUUGAGGCAAUUAUAUGAACUUCUUCAGAACAUCGAUGAUCUGCAACAUAUUAAUUCAAAGAAUGUACACCAAACUUUAGAUCUGAGAGCGAGAAAACUCUUCAAACACCUCUUGGACGAUGCUACUGAGAAGAUGUUCCAUACUGAUUUAAAGAUCAUAGAAGCGCAAUCAGUUGUUGAGAACACGCCUUGCUCUUCUCAGAUAGAGCAACAAAGGGGAAUGCCUAAGUUACAAUCUCCUCUUUCACCAGAUACAGUAAAAGUUUCUCAAGAUGUUGUCAUGAGCAAUGGAAAGGAUUUUAAAAGCAACAUGAUCACUUCAGAAAAGGAUGAGCAGUAUCCAGUCAAGUGUGAGAGUGCAGUUUCAGGGUCUAUAGUAAGCACCUUGUCAGAUGCGCCUCAAUACAAAAAGAAACGGUGUCGGACCUGCAUAGCAAAAGAAUUGAAGAAACAGUACUCAAUCAAGGAGGCAACAGUGUCCAAUGCCAGAACCGAGGUGCCAGCCAAAAUUCGUCAGGAUCUAGAUCGGCACCGUGACCAGGCUAGUGACAGUGUCAGUUGUGUUGAUGAGCAUGCUAAGAGAUUACAAAAAUCCAAUACCAUAGGGAGAGAGAACUCUAUUGUCAACAGAACUUAUCUUUCAUCAGCGUCUCUAACAUCCAGCACUGUCAAGCAAGAAGUUGGAUAUAUUCCAACAGGUGAAAUGAAGAAAAACUUGGAUGAUGGUGAUCAUUUCACUGAAGUUGUAACAAACGCAAUCAGACUAAUUGAGUCCUCCAUUUUGGCUUUGAAGUUGAGUUCUGACUUGGCACAUUCUUCUAUCAAUAAUAAAGGUGAUGAACAUGUUCCAUUCAAGCUUAACAUUUCAGUUAGUCCUGUUGAUGAACAGAGGAAAGAGGAGGCCGUUACUAGAGAAGAGACGAAUCAGACUGAGAUGGGACAGUCUUCAUUGGGGAAAGGCACUCAGUUCACUAAACUGUUGCAAAAGCAUGGGAAGUCUGCUGAGUCUGUUCCUGGGGGACAAGAUUCUACAGAGGAAUUUUAUAUGAAGAGAUUUGGAUCUCUGAAUCGUUCAUCAAGUCAGAAAAACAAUAUGAUGCUGUGUUAUGUUGAUGGCCCAAGAGUCUCACCGAGUAAUGAGGUAACUAUGAAGCCUCCCCAGCAGUUGAAGACAGUUGCCACCCCUGUUCAAACAUCAGAAACCAGUCUUCUCCAGAAUCAAAAGGCAAGAAAAGUGGUUUUGAGCUAUAAUUCAUCAAUGCCACCACAGUCAAUGGGAUCCACAGUAUCUUCACUUGGAGGUGGGCUUGGUAAAAAUACGAGUCAGACAAGGAGACUGAAGACAGCAAAGACGCAUGAUCAAACAAUGCUGAGGCCAGUGUUUUUAGACGAUGACAUGCCAAGUAAGAGAACAAAGACCCGUAAGAUGUCACAUGUCGGUUUAGGGAGAAGAAUCAUGCCGCGUCAGGAAGAGUCGGAGGAGGAGGAGGAGGAGAGUAGCAUCUCAAGUUCACACAGUUUGUCAACAUGGACAGGUAACCGAAAUGAAAGCAGUGGUAGUAGUCGAACCUAUUAUUCUGACGAAUCUUGGAGUCCAAGAAAUGGUGAUUCAUCCGAAACUGAAAGUAACUUGCAGAAGAGUAUAAGUAGUAGCUAUCACUCAUCAGAGGAUAGAAGUAGAUUGACAGAUUCUAUAGAGAGUGACUAUAGCCAUAAAAAAUAUCCGGAGAAAUCUAUUGGGAGGCUGAAGAAGAUCAAGAACAAGUUGGGACUCAUCUUUCACCACCAUCACCACCAUCAUCAUCAUCACCAUCACCAUCAUGGCAAUGAUGGUUCGACCUGGAAGAAGGUGCAGAAAAUGUUUUACCACAAACAGAAGCAUGGCAGGAAUGAUCAUGGUCAAGCAGAAGGGGUCAAAAAAUCACUAGCAGUGAAAAACAGGUCAAAUAAGAACAAGGGUGGGAAUUUUCAUGCACUCGUGAAAGGGUUAAUGAGGCACGUUAAGCAUUCAAAGAAGUCGAAAGGAGGGAUCGGACUUCGUCAGCCUCCCGGCCUCAAUAAGAGGAAGGUUGUGAACAAGUUGCCUUGGUGGCAGACGUCUCGAGGUGGUGGAGUUAAGCUACCUAACAGAGGACGUGUGAAAGUAGGAUUUGCCAACAAAAGGCCAAAACUACCAAUGAAGAGAUGAGUAAUAUCAGUCUGCAUUUACACAUUGAGGCAUGUAUUCUCCAGACCACUUCAACAUAGAAAAGUACAGUAGGGAUAUUUGGCAUUAAGCUUCACAUGUCUUACUGAAGAAGAUAUGACCACUGAAUGAAUGCCAAGGUCUCUCAUAGACCGGCAAACUUUUUUUUGACACAUUUUCAUUUUCAUGUACAUAGAGCAGAAACCUUUUGUAUUGAGUUUAGUCAGAAGCAAUUGCAAACGUAGU